AUGCACUUCCUUCGCUCCCUCCUAGCGGGAACCUUUCUCGCUGCCGGCGUCUUCGCAGCCAAGAAGACCCCCGAAGAACGAUUCAACGAUUUCCACGCAAAGGCCCUUACCUCGUCUCCGAUCAAGCUCGCCGAUACCAGCUACAAGUCUUUGACUUCUGCUCCCCGCGAUUACACCGUUGCAGUCCUCCUGACCGCUCUCGAGAAUCGAUUUGGUUGCCAAUUGUGCCGCGAGUUCCAGCCGGAAUGGGAUCUUCUGGGCAAGACCUGGACCAAGGGCGACAAGAAGGGCGAGUCGCGUCUUCUCUUCGGUACUCUCGAUUUCUCUGAUGGCCGCGAGGUCUUCAUGUCGCUCGGCCUCCAAACCGCCCCCGUCCUGCUCCUGUUCCAGCCCACCAUCGGUCCUCACGCUGUUGCUGCUGUCGAUCCUCUGCAAUACGACUUUACCAGCGGACCUCAGUCUGCUGAACAGGUUCAUGCCUGGCUGUCGAGACACCUUACUGACCGACCUCACCCUCCGGUGAAGCGCCCGAUCAACUGGAUGCGAUGGAUUUCUAGCAUCACCAUUGUCCUUGGUCUUGGCACUGUCCUCGUUACUGCCUCGCCUUACAUCCUUCCCGUCAUUCAGAACCGCAACUUAUGGGCCGCUAUUAGUCUCAUUGCCAUCCUGCUCUUCACCAGUGGCCACAUGUUCAACCAUAUCCGCAAAGUUCCCUACGUUGCUGGAGAUGGCCGGGGUGGUAUCAGCUACUUUGCCGGUGGCUUCCAGAACCAGUUCGGUUUGGAGACCCAGAUCGUAGCUGCUAUCUACGGUGUCUUGGCUUUCUGUGCCAUCUCUCUCACCGUUAAGGUGCCUCGUAUUGGCGACAACAAGAGACAGCAGGUUGCUGUUCUGGCCUGGGGUGGUGUUCUGUUCAUCAUGUACAGCUUCCUUCUCAGCGUUUUCCGCAUCAAGAACGGUGGCUACCCGUUCUCUCUGCCUCCUUUCAUCAACUUCUCGUCUGGCUUCGAGUUGUUCGCCAUCGCUGUUCGCUAG